AUGUCGUGGACGACGAACCCCACUGCCCAAAGGGAUGACGUGGACGCCUGGCUCAGAGGCAUUACAGACUGCCUCACACCAAAGACAAUUGAACUGUUAUUAUUUUUAAUAAUAAUCAUAAUUCUGAGAAGAUUCCUGACACGUGAUUCAAGCCAGAACCACAACCACAUGGAACUAACCAAAAUAACCUGUUCCUUAAGUAAUGCCUUCACAGCCCAGCUGAAACUAAGCGACAAGCACAUCACCCACCUCCAAGAGGAGCUGACACGUGCCCAGAGCCGCAUAGACAAGCUGGAAGUGAAAGUCCAGGACAACUUCAAGUGUCAGACCACUGAGUUCCGGAGAGAGCUGAUGCACACUCAACACUGCACAGACCAGCUCAAAGCGAAAGCUCAAGACAAACUCAAAGUGCCUGACGAAGCGGAGCAAGAAACAAAGAAACAAGUUGACAAGCUCCAAGAAGCCCUUGCAGUCACUGAACGUGACAAACUAGAAUUAAAGACUGUCCAAAAGCACCUGGUAAACCAACUCCAGUCUGCUGAACAUCAGCUAGAGAAAUCCAAAGCUGACAUUAAAGAUAAGAACUCUGAAAUUAAUGCUCUGAAAGACCACCUGGAAAGGUGCAGCGCUGAAAUGGACCAUCUGACCCAACAGCGAGAUGACGCCAACGACGAGCUGUACGCGGUCAGAGAUGAACUCCAGCACAUUUUCCAACAGAAACCAGAGCCAAGAAGGGAGAGACCUCCCUCAGCAUCACCCCUGCUGAGCAGAACAGAAUCCUCCAUCCAAGAACUGGCAUACAGUGGAAGAAGUGAAUGGCCACAACCCAAAACGUCACCGGCCUUCACCACAGAACUCUUCCCUGCUAACAAACAAAGAGAGCUCAUCCAGGCAGACUCCAAAGCUGCACAGGGGAUGACCUUUAAAGAUCUCAACCAGCUGGUGAAGAAUAUCACUCAGUUCAACCCGAACUCCACAGAGGGUCCCGACAUCCAGACCUACAUCAGAGACAUCAACUUCCACCUAGAGGUGAGACCACAUAUGACUGACAGAGACAGAUUCUACCUCCUCAGAUCCACAUCCAGUCCAGAGGUACGAAGCUUCCUAGACAGACAACCUGCUCAUGUCAAGUCAAACUACCAGCUGCUAUGUGAGACACUGAUUAAAGAAUUCACAGGCCCAGAGUCGGAACACGGUGUGUUAAUCGCUAUGGAAACCAAACAAGGUCGACAAGAGACUCCCCAAGCCUACUACCACCGCUUUCGACAAGCCUACUUAGGUGCACAUAACAAACCCGAACUUGAAGAGGAUGUGAACUUCAAAACCCUCUUCCUGAGAAACCUGCACCCCGGAUUGAGUCAUCAUCUUGGCAUCAUGGCCUGCCCAGGCACAAUGACAAUUCAACAGCUACGUGACCUGACACACAAGGCCUACAUCAAACAAAAGAUGAACUCAAAGAAAGGUUUGAAAACAUCCACAGUGUCAAACUCCAUCAGCCAAGACACAAGCCUUGCACUGGAAGACACCCAGUGGCAUGACAAUAUCACAGUCCUUCGUAAGGAGCACAGAGAACGUGACUCCCAUGUCGCUGACACCUACUACACUAACCGCAUGGAAAUGCCAUGGGACCAGCCACGCUUCUCAAGUAACCCACAAGAAGGAAACCACUGGAAACCUAACUGGACAUCCAAAGGCCAUCAACCAAGGCAUCCAAAAGCACUCCAUGUGGGUACUCAACAACGAAACCCACCUUGGCACCACUCAGUUAAACACAGCACUGAGUAUGCCCAAGAACCAGACAGUUUACCCUCAGAAGACACGGAGCAACUAAUGAGGCAACUGAAAGUUUUCAUCGGAAAUGAGAACAAAGUGGCCUCUCACAGUCAACCACUGACGAACACCCAGAGGUACCAGAAAACACCAUCCUGGCUACCCAUCACUCAUAAAGAAACCACCAAACGAGCUCCAAACUCAAGAACCACGUGUGUGCUACAGCAACAACAGUAUGCACAGAAGGUCAGAAAGUCUGUCACAACCAGAAGGCAUCAUCGGAGGAAUGCAACAACGGAGACCAAGUUUCGCACUACAUCUUCACACAUCCGUGCCAAACUACCUCCCAAUGUCUGCCAGAGAACUUCCUGCCUUACUGGAUUGACCCCCAGCAGCUCACAGAAGAGCCCUUUUCCAAGGCAAAGAUGCAACAAGCUCAUCAAAGCUAAGCCAUCAAGCAAAAGGGGGGAGCAAAACAGACUGAGACAGAUCUGA